AUGUCUGCACGAUCGCUUCUCGCCGCCGCUCUUCUGGGCAGUGUUGCUCUUGCUGUUCCCAUCGAGGAAAGACAGUCUUGCGGAGCUGCCUGGUCGCAAUGUGGUGGCACCGGCUGGACUGGCCCUACAUGCUGCGCUUCUGGCAGCAGCUGUGUCGUCAACAAUGCGUGGUACAGCCAGUGUAUCCCCGGCGCCGCUGCUCCCCCGAGCUCAACCGCUGUCGUCACUCCUUCUCGGACAUCGUCUACCGCUGCCGGCGUCACAACUACCGCCAUUAGCUCCGGCACCACUCCGGUCCCGACUGGGGGCGCUACUUACACCGGCAACCCCUUCGUCGGCGUCGAUCUCUAUGCCAACUCCUACUAUGCUUCCGAGAUCUCGACUUUGGCUAUUCCAUCCCUGAGCCCUGCUCUGGCCACCGCUGCCGCCAAGGUUGCGAAGGUCCCUACCUUCAUGUGGAUGGACACCCGAGCUAAGGUCCCCUUGGUCGACGCCACCUUGGCCGAUAUUCGCAAAGCGAAUCAGGCUGGUGCCAACUACGCCGGUGAAUUCGUCGUCUAUGAUCUCCCGGACCGCGACUGCGCCGCAGCUGCGUCCAACGGCGAGUUCGCUAUCGCAAAUGGUGGCGUGGCCAAGUACAAGGAGUACAUCGAUGCCAUCCGCACCAUGAUUCUCAAGUACUCUGACAUUCGCAUCAUUCUUGUUAUUGAGCCUGACUCCCUUGCCAACCUCGUCACCAACCUGAACGUCGCCAAGUGCUCUGGUGCCCAAGCUGCUUAUCUCGAGUGCACCAACUACGCUGUCACCAAGCUCAACCUUCCAAACGUCGCCAUGUACCUGGAUGGUGGCCACGCGGGUUGGCUCGGCUGGCAAGCCAACCUCUCUCCGGCUGCCCAGAUGUACGCGAAGGUUUUCAAGGAUGCCGGUAGCCCCAAAGCUCUCCGUGGACUGGUCACCAACGUCGCCAACUACAAUGCUUGGAGUGUCAGCUCCCCUGCCCCUUACACUCAAGGCAAUUCCAACUACGACGAGAAACACUACAUCGAGGCCAUCUCCCCUCUUCUCAAGGCCCAAGGCUGGGACGCCCAGUUCAUCGUCGAUCAGGGCCGCUCCGGCAAGCAGCCUACCGGUCAAGAGGCUUGGGGUGAUUGGUGCAACGCCAUCGGCACUGGUUUCGGCCCGCGCCCGUCCACCAACACGGGCUCUUCACUCGUCGACGCGUUCGUCUGGGUCAAGCCUGGUGGCGAGAGUGACGGUACCUCUGACACCACCGCGGCCCGUUACGACUUCAACUGCGGCAAGAGCGACGCCCUCAAGCCCGCCCCCGAGGCCGGCACGUGGUUCCAGGCCUACUUUGAGCAGCUCCUCAAGAACGCGAACCCUGCUUUCUAG